AUGUCAUCGCAAUGUGAACGUGGUCCGCUUACUAUUUCUACUGUGGAUUAUUGGAUACAACAUAUCGUAUUUCCACUGCAACUGCUUGUUUUGGGAGUUGUAAUCUACGAUAUUAUACGGAAAACUAUAUCCGCGAAGAAUAGAAUAGUGGCAAAACCAAAUCUGCUGGUUUUGACUAUUCUCAAUGUUCUCAUCUUCGGCACUAUGCUUCCGCAAUCGCUAGGAAGUUUCUCAUGGUUUUUCGAGGAAGAGGCCUUCAGGCGUUUUUAUCACCACUCAAAAAUCCCCAUCAACGCUCUGUCAAAUCUACUUUCUGCCAUGGAAAUUUUCAUUGCAUUGGCAAUCUGCAUAGAAUGCUAUCUACGCUCGAAAUCGUCUUCGCUUGCUAAGUGUUUCGAGCUGAAUGGACGCUAUAUCAUCUUCCUCAUCAUAACCAUGGCAUCAUCCCUAGCACUGACAGCUUAUCACUUCGUAUUAUAUGAACUCGAUACCGGCUACAAAUGUAAUGGGACCAAACUCGUCGUGAGAAUCAGGGUAAGUCACUUCGAUGCCGCAGUCACACAAUAUGACGCUGAAUAUAAAAUUUUCAGCUCAACACCAACUCUCUCACGCCAGCUGCUAUAA